AUGCUCGCGUCGAUUCGUGCCGCCUUCAACCCUCCUGCGCCCGAUGAGGGACUUCAACAGCGCCCCCCACGGUAUGCUGGCGAAGACACCAGCCCGACCAGCCACCGCGAAUUACUCGGCUGGUAUGCCUACGGUAUUGCAGCAGAGGUAUUCGCGGUGUGUGGUGUUGGAUCCUUUCUGCCCUUGACCCUCGAACAGCUGGCUCGCGAGAAUGGCACCCUACAAACCAGCCACUUACCCUGCUGGGGACCCCAGGCACCCGAAAACGAGGGAGAGGAGCAAUGCAUAGUUGGAGUUCUCGGACUUCACAUCACUACGGCUAGCUUCGCCAUGUAUACUUUUUCGUUGGCGGUGCUGAUCCAGGCGUUGACGUUGAUCUCGUUCAGCGCCCUGGCCGACUAUGAACGCAACCGCAAAACGUUGCUCCUGUCCUUCGGCUUCAUCGGCUCCGCGACCAGCAUGCUUUUCGUCCUCAUCGCACCUUCAGUCUUCGUCCUCGGUUCGAUCCUCGUAAUUAUUGGAGUCACCUGUCUUGGGUCCUCGUUUGUCGUGCUCAACUCUUUCCUCCCGGUGCUAGUCGCCAACGAUCCAUCUAUCCAAAGCUCCCAACAAGACCGCGGCGAGGAAUUGUCCAAUCUGGAUCGGGCCGAUGAACCGAGCGAAUGGAAUUCCUGGGACGACAGUGAUAGUCUAGAUGGAAUGCAUACUGAUAAUCAUGCCGCGGAGUCUCCGGAAGCUGGACUGAAGUCGAAGAGCUCGAAAUCCUCCUCGCCGGAGCUUCAGCUGUCCACCAAGAUUUCGUCCAAGGGAGUAGGUCUGGGAUACUGUGCUGCUGUCCUGGUGCAAAUUUUGAGCGUUAUCAUGCUCAUCGCCCUCAACAAGACCUCUCUCGCCAAGGCAUCGGGGACGCUGCCGUUGCGAUUUGUGCUGCUGCUGGUAGGAAUUUGGUGGUGCGCAUUUACAUUCGUCACUCGCCGCUGGCUGCGUGACCGUCCCGGGCCUCCACUGGAUACCUCCGCGACCCCAGGAGCUACGCGCUGGCGCGUGUGGCUAGGGUUGGUAGGCUUCGCGUGGAAGUCACUCUGGCAGACGGUCAAAAUCGCGGUGCGGCUGCGAGAAGUGCUCAUCUUCCUCGUCGCUUGGUUCCUCCUCUCAGAUGCCAUGGCUACCGUCUCCGGCACGGCGAUCCUGUUCGCGCGUACAGAGCUCCAGAUGAGCACAACCGCAAUCGGCUGCUUGUCGAUUACCGUCACCCUUUCAGGUAUGGCGGGAGCAUUCCUCUGGCCACAUGUUUCUCGACGACUCGGGUUGCAGUCGAACCACACCAUCAUCCUGUGCAUUGCCCUGUUUGAGAUCAUUCCGCUGUAUGGGAUGCUUGCAUACAUUCCCUUUGUGAAAAAAUGGGGAGUUAUUGGCCUGCAACGGCCAUGGGAAAUCUUCCCGCUUGGUAUCAUCCACGGGAUUGUCUCUGGAGGCCUGGCAUCCUACUGCCGAUCUUUCUUCGGGUUGCUGAUUCCUCCUGGUAGCGAGGCCGCGUUCUAUGCCCUGUAUGCGGCCACUGACAAGGGGAGUUCGUUCAUCGGACCCGCCAUAGUUGGCGUGCUUAUCGAUGCAACGGGCUCGGUCCGGUCGGGGUUCUUCUUCAUUGCCGUGCUGGUCGUGUUGCCCAUCCCGUUGGUCUGGAUGGUGAAUGCUGAAAAGGGUCGGCGCGAUGCUCUGAACAUGGCGGACUCUCUCACGGGCGGGCAUAUCUCUCACAGAGGAACCACCGAUGAUGCACAGGAGGCCGAGGGCUUACUAGCUGGAGAGUCAUAG